CUUUCUCCUGCCCUGAGGAACCGCUUCACUGAGAUCUGGUGUCCUCAGAGCAACAGCCGCAGCGACCUGGUCCAGAUCAUCCGACACAACCUGCAGGCCGGACUCUCCCUCCAUGGCUUGGACGUUGCAGAACUGAUGCUGGACUUCAUCGAAUGGCUGACCCAGCAGGACUUCGGCCGGCGCUGCAUCCUGAGCGUCAGAGACAUCCUGUCCUGGGUCAACUUCCUGAACGCUGUGUGUGAGCGGGACGAGGACAGCCUCAUGACCACCAGAGCAGCUGAAGAUGAGGAGGAGGCAGAGUGGGACCUCAGACUGGACGCUGUCACGGCUUGUGUCCAUGCUGCAUGUUUGGUGUACAUCGAUGGCAUUGGCUCAGGAACCACAGUGUCCAGUGCAGACAGCGCCCUAUUUGCCCGUCAAAUGUGCCUCGGUUUCCUGCAGCAGCGGCUCAGUAAGAUGACCAAGCUUGACCAGGAGAUGCUGGAUGCCCUGAGAGUCUAUGACAGCCGUUUACCACGCGAACCUCAGUGGGGAGACGACUUCUUUGGUAUCAGCCCCUUCUACAUCCCCAUAGGGUUAUAG